AUGGACGACCCGGUCCUCGACGGUGGUCUGCUCUUCAUGAACGAAGAAGACUUCGUCGUAGACUUUGCAAGCGAUGACCUGGAAAGCUUGCCAUGGAAUGCUCCAUAUGAUACGAAUGACGCAGCGUUUGCCGACGUACACCAGGAAACAACCUUUGCAGAUACAGUCAACUCGGUUAAUACGAACUCAUUUAACAUUUACUCCGAUCAUAUCAACCCAACUUCACAUAACACUCAAGAGCUGCUAGCUCUAGAUACCACAGCAAUCCAAUUACUCCACUACUUACACGAGCUCUUCCUCGCCAAUAACCCAAAGCAGUCCAGUAGCACUAUCGCAGUCACGAAUAUCCGACCGCUUAUGGACACAAAGUGCGGAAAACGCAUCAAGCACAACAACCAGACGACGAAGAACGAAGAUGCAGCCAGGCACCAGACCUUGUGA